AUGCGGAAAAAGGACGGUAAAGAGAAGCGGGAUAUAGAAGAUAUUUUAUCACUAUUGAAAGGAAUAGAUCCCGAAAAAAUUCCGAUUUUUGUCGCAAGAAACUUACAGAAACUACCCCCCAUAAGUUUUGAUCACGUAGAUGUAACCAAAUUAUUAAAAGAUAUACUCGUGUUGCAACAGGAGGUUCGAACUGUAAAGGAAACCUGCGCUACAACGGAAGAAUUACAGUUGAUAAAGAAUGAGUUGGCAAAUUUAAAAUCAGCCUCAAUUGUGAAUAACUUUGAACCCUCACAAUAUAUAAACACGAAGAGAGGGUGUGCAAAUGUUAUUGAUAAUUUUCAUUACGACAGUGGACCCAUUGGAUUGCUUCAUAUUUCUCAGGAAGAGAAAAAUGGAAAUAUAAAUAGCGAGUGCAACAUAAAUAUUCCAUCGAAAACGCAAUCUAAUUGUUUGAUAAAUAGUACAUUAGAAAACGUAAGUGCGAGGGUAGAAGAUACAGUACAUCAAUGCAAACAAAACAUAGCAGCGGACACGCAAGUGAGUGCGACCGGUGUGAACAUAGCCAAUAGUCACAACACAGUCUCCCAUCCAUUAGUAGUGGAAAAAUCAUUUGCUGAUAUUGCUUCUGGCGGAAAAUGGAAAAAUGGAAAAAAGUCAGAAGAUUGGAUAGUUGUACAAAGAAAGAAACUCAGAAAUAGAUUUAUGGGGAAAAGAGGACAAGCAAGUACAGAACCGGAGGAAAAAUUUCGAGCAGCAGAUGUAAAGAUACCGCUUUUUAUAAAUAAAGUUGAUAAAAAUACUUCCAUAGAGGACAUAUCUUCAUAUAUUUUGCAAAAAACUAAGGUGUCUGUAGCGCUAGAAAAAAUUUGCAUGAAAUUUCAGAAGGAAUAUGAUGCGUAUAAAAUAUUUGUACCGCAAAGUAAAUUAUCUAUAUUUAUGGAUGCAGGUCUAUGGCCUGAUGGAAUUUCGUUUCGUCGGUUUGUUACUUUUAAAAAGACAUCUGGUAAUGAUGACAAGUUUUUAAAUACAAAAUAA